AUGCGAAAGAACAGCACCUUACCAGUCUCCUCAGCCCGCGUCGUCGCGAAGACGUUGGGCGAGCUGUGCAAUGGCACAGUCACAAAGGAGGGUGGCAAUGUCUACCGCAGCCUGGUCACAAGAGCACAAGCCGGCGGCUACCAGUCGACUACUCACCUGGACGUGGACAGCGACUUUCGUCACCGUAGCCCUACUUUGCCACACCAUUGUCCUUAUCACGGGAAUCUCUCCAUCACCUCUACGUUCCUCCAACAGUCACCUCUACUCCCGCUCAAACCUCUCUCACCCAUCCCACUCAACAUGUCUAGCACUACCACCCCGUCUAGGGCCGAGCCCAAUAUUGUCCGCUGCUGUGUAGCCUACAUGGUGUUUAUCAAGGUCGAUAAGCUCAUCGGCGAACACAGGUUGAAUUGCAAUCGAGUCGCCGCUGCUGUGCGGACUACAUGGCAUGGCGGUUUUACAGGAUGCAACCACAAAAACCGGUUGCUUCUACUCCUUGCAGUCAGCUACGAACAUAGCCGUGAACAGCGAGAUCUACUUGCACUAGAACUCUUCGCCCCCGAACAACAGCACUCUGCGCCCUUUCUUCGAGCGGACCAGGUCUCAAUCCACCUUCCCAACCUUACGAACCUAACCCAGCUCGCCGUCUACCGGCCCUCGAAUAUUAGCUACCGCAAACGAAGCCUAAUUUACAAUCUCGGAUGCAAGGGAAGCGGGGACGGGAGGGAUAUGGACAUUGCGAUUUGGUAG